AUGUUUGAUCCAUUAGAUUUCUUUUCGCACGAGGGUGUACGAAGGUAUACCAGGGCCGAACUUGGUGAGCCCGAGUCCUGUCUCAAGAUCAGGACAUCCGAACCCGAGAUGUUUGGGCCUGCCCUCAUGGUUACCACCACGACCAAGGAGUCCGGACAGAACCUAAGUCCUUUUCAAGUAAUGGACCUUCCCUACGUAGCUAUUGCACCUGCAACUGUUAUUUUGACCAUACUUUCACUUUUAAGGCCUAACGAUGAGAUCAAUUUCAAUUCUGGUACCCAGGAUCAUGCGACCAACGUUGAUGACAUUUUGGAAAAGAAGCAAAUAUCUGUUGAUUUUGCCCAGGAAACGUUAGAAUGGUAUAUAAACUAUUCCCAUGUUUCAGUGAACAACUUGCAAGAGUUGUGUACAAGAAUCAUGCUUCUCGGUUCUAGUUCAAGCGUGCAGGAACUGUUGGCAUAUUUUACCAGUAUCCUGGCAAAAUACGAAAAGCAGGAACGUCAAGAUUUGUUGAACGAGCAAGUCUUAAAAUCGGCCAGCAUGCGUAUCUCUGAAAUGUGUGGUAGAACGGCACAGCCGUCCAAGACCAGACUGUUCACCCUUGAGUAUCUGCAAACUCCCAUUAAAUUACAUGAACCGGCGUUGACCGCCGAUAAUCUCGGCUUUAAAACUUGGGGGUCCUCCCUUGUCUUAGCCGAACAAGUUUGCAGGAAUUAUCCCCAUUACCAAACUCCGAAAAGCGGAAAUUUGAGAGUUUUAGAAUUGGGAGCCGGAACGGGGCUUGUAGGUAUAGCGUUUGCCUGCAAGACUCUUGAAAAAUUGCAAGCCCAAAAAACUACAAUUAUUCUCACAGAUUUGCCCGAAAUUGUGCCCAAUUUGGCCCAUAACGUCAAUUUAAAUAACCUGCAUCCUGAGGACAAUGCCCUUCAAGUCAUAGCAGAGACUCUUGAUUGGAACGAUCCAUCGGAUUUCAUCGAAGCACAUGGACCCGGGAAAUUUGAUCUCAUUUUAAUUGCGGACCCUGUCUAUUCUGCGCAGCACGUUAAGCUGAUUGUCAAUAUGUUAUCUCAAUUCUUGUCACACCAGGGCAUCGCAUGUCUCGAAAUACCGAUUCGAGACCGAUACGCACAAGAGCGGCAACGUUUAUGGGAUUUAAUUGAUAGCGAAGGACUCCGAACUGUCUCCGAAGCUCGACAUAGCGGAGUCGACGACUGGGGUCAUGUCAACUAUAUAUACAAAGAAUUGUCAUGGUAG